GCCCGCCAGCUUGCCUGCCUAAGCGCGCCAUUGCCCGCCGUCGGAGGGAUACUGUGCGACCGUCGGUGAAAACCCGCGUGUGCCUCCUGGUCCGAGAGCCGACGACAUGCCGUGUGUGGCGGACUGGCUGAACUGCCCCCUCAGUAUCGUGCAAGGCAUCUUCUCUCAAAAUAGCCUGAAUCCUGAAUGGGAGAGAAAAGUAACGGAAUACUUCAGAGAGAAGCUGAAAGAAAAUAAUGCUACUAACUGGGUGCCUUCAUUGAAUGAUGUCCCUCUACAUUAUCUGAAGCCAAACAGUUUAGUGAAAUUUCGCUGUAUGGUUCAAGAUAUGUUUGAUCCUGAAUUUUAUAUGAAUGUUUAUGAAACAAUUGACAUACAUACUAAAUCAUGUGUUUUGCAUUUUGGAAAAUACAGAGAUGUAGCAGAAUGUGGGCCUCACCAGGAAAUAGACUUAAACCCUAAACAAAUAGUAACGGGAGACAGACAAACUUUUUACUGCGUUCCAGUGCCUGGAGAGUCGGCAUGGGUGAAAGAAGCCUAUACCAGUGCAAGUCAAGCUCGAGUUUGCCCUUCAACAUCCUAUACACCAAGUCGCCACAAGAGGAGUUAUGAGGAAGAUGAAGAUAUGGACUUGCAUCCAUCCAAACAGAGAGAGCAACAUCUGGGAAGUGUGCCUGAUAUCCAUGGGAGUGGAGAGCCAAAGCGAUUAGAAACAGAAGCAUCUGCAAGACAUCAGACGAACUCCUUAAAUUGCUCACCUCCGCUAGAUCUAAACUUUCCACUUCCAGGAGAGAAAGGCCCUGCAUGUCUUGUGAAGAUAUAUGAAAACGGGGAUAAUUUCAAAGUGAAUGAUGUUCUUGAGGUGUAUGGGAUUUUAUCUGUCGAUCCAGUCCUGAACAUGGUGAACAACGAAGAUAGGGAGAAUUCAUCCUCUCCAGUGGAGUCUAUGGAAUGUAUGGACACAAUGGAAGAACAGAGGGUUCAUAGUCCCCCAGCCUCAUUAGUUCCCAGAAUCCAUGUGAUUUUAGCACAGAAACUUCAACACAUAAAUCCAUUAUUGCCUGCCUGCCUUAAUGAAGAGGAAAGCAAGAGCUUUGUUUCUAGUUUUAUGUCUGAACUGUCACCAGUCAGAGCAGAGCUUCUUGGCUUCCUCACUCAUGCCUUCUUGGGAGACAGCCUGGCUGCUGAGUACCUUAUAUUGCAUCUCAUUUCCACAGUCUAUGCAAGAAGAGAUGUCCUUCCUCUGGGAAAAUUCACUGUCAACAUAAGCGGCUGUCCAAGAAAUAAUGUCUACACGGAGCACAUAUACCAUAUUAUUCAACAGCUAGUACCCGCAUCCUAUCGCCUGCCCAUGACCAUAGAGAACAUGAACUGCUUAAAAUUUAACCCCCACAAGGACUACACAGCUAACCGCUUAGUCAGUGGAGUACUACAGCUGGCAAGCAAUACCUCCCUUGUGAUAGAUGAGACUCUGCUUGAGCAAGGACAGCUUGACACUAGAGGUGUUCACAAUGUGACAGCACUAGGUCACCUGAUAACUUGGCAGAAGGUGGAUUAUGACUUCAGUUACCACCAGAUGGAAUUCCCAUGCAACAUUAAUGUCCUUAUCACUUCAGAGGGCAGAUCACUCCUACCGUCCGACUGCCAAGUCCACCUGCAGCCGCAGCUCAUUCCCCCCAACAUGGAAGAGUACAUGAGCAGCCUUCUCACAGCAGUGCUGCCAUCUGUCCUCAACAAGUUCCGCAUUUAUCUAAGCUUGCUGAGACUGCUGGAUUACAGUAUAUCUGAUGAAGUGACCAAGGCAGUAGAAGAUGAUUUUGUGGAAAUGCGUAAAAAUGACCCUGAGAGUAUCACAGCUGAUGAUCUUCAUAGAACUCUGCUUGUGGCAAGGUUCCUUUCUCUGAGUGCUGGGCAGACGACGUUGUCAAGAGAGAGAUGGCUCAGAGCAAAGCAGUUGGAGGCACAGCGUAAAGUGAGACUACAGCAGCAGAAGUGUGUAAAUGGAAAUGAACUCUAAAGCUACAGCUCCCAUUUUGCUUUGAUGACUGCAACUUUUGCCUAAUCUGUGGAGCUAGUACGAAGGGUGCUAGCUUAUGUUUAUAUUGGGUUUUGUAGAUAAUUUGUACCAGAAUGUUAUGGCUGUUUACUCAAACUUGGACACAAUUUGUGGUGUUCAACAGAUUUAACACCGAUCAUAAAAUUUUGGAGCUUGUUUUGUAACUGAACUAGAAACAAUGGAACAAUUAUUGUUUGAUAUUAAAAGUUUACUAUAAAAAU